AGCACACGCACAUCCAUCAGACGUACGGGAACACAUGAACACAUGACAGCGGCGGCAGCACAGCGGCUUUAAGGGAUGGAUCACCUUAACUCCACCCACCUCUCCACAAACCAAUCAGACUUCAGCAGCACCUUCACCACCCAGGUGCUCCCACCGCUCUACCUGGUCAUCUGCGUGGUGGGCGUGUCCCUGAACGGGGUGGCGGCGUGGAUUUUCUUCCGAGUGCCCAGCGACUCGGGUCUGGUGGUGUACCUGAAGAACAUGGUGGUGGCCGACCUGCUCAUGCUCCUCAGCUUCCCCUUCAGGCUGGCGGCUCAGCUGGGGCUGGGCGGGUGGCGCCUCCACGUGGUCAUCUGCCGCUACGUCGCCGUGCUCUUCUACUCCUCCAUGUACGUGGGCAUCGUCUUCAUGGGCUUCAUCAGUCUGGAGCGCUACGUGAAGAUCGUCCGUCACUCCUGCUCCUGUACGUCCAGGGUGGGCGGAGUCACCUCUCUACACAUCCUCCAGAGCCCGGGCUUUGCCAGGGUGUUGGCGCUCCUCACUUGGGCCCUCCUCUUUCUCAGCGUCCUGCCCAACGUCCUGCUGACCAGCCGUCCCACCAACCAGGAGAACUCCCGCCACUGCAUGCAGCUGAAGACUCCCCUGGGGGUCCAGUGGCACCGGGUGUCCACCCUCUUCUGCGUCAGCCUCUUCUGGAUCACAUUUCUGAUCCUCGCGUUCUGCUACACCUCCAUUUCGCACCAGGUUUACAAGUCGUACCGCCGCGUGCGCCGGGACAGCGCCGACGUCUGCCGCAAAUCCAACCGCAGCAUCUUCAGCAUCCUGGCCGUGUUCUUCGUCUGCUUCGUACCCUACCACGUCUGCCGCGUGCCCUACACCCUCAGCCAGAUGCCGGCGUCGGGCUUCAGCCACAUGGACCGUUUCCUGCUGUUCCAGUUUAAAGAGGGAACCCUGUUUCUGUCGUCCCUCAACGUCUGCCUGGACCCGCUCAUCUACUUCCUGAUGUGCCGGACCUUCAGGGAGUCUCUGCUGAGGAAACUGUCAGGACGAAGGGAGAGGAGGAGGUCCCUGACCACCGCCCAGAGCCUCACCAACAUUUAAGGAGGAAACUGUCAGAACUAAGGGAGACAAGGAGGUCCUUGACCACCGCCCAAAGACUUACCAACAUCUAAGGAGGAUAACACCAUUCUUUGGAUGAUUCUGAGGGUCAGGAUAAGGGCUGGGUAUCAAACUUACAGAUAGUUUUUUUGGUACCAAUCGAAUUGUCCAGAAUAUCAAUUACUGCAAAGAGGCUUUUCGUUGCGGAUGUUCAGAAAAAAAACAAUACUUAACUAACUUAAGUACCAAUAUUUUAUCCCAUAAUAUAAAACUCUAUUCUGACAUUAGUCUUUAUUGUUUUGGAUCCCAGACCCUGUUAGAAAAGAACCACCUGGAUUCAGUGGGUC